AUCAGAGGACCGUUGGGACUUGACAUUUAAAUUUCAAAACGAUAAAAAUACAAAAUGAAAUUAGAGAUUGAUGAAAUCUAGGGCCAACGAAAAUCAGAUGAUAAACAGAGAAACCAUGAAAGGAAAGAUUUUAGUUUCACCGUCGGAGAAAUCAAUGACAUCGAGCACAACAACAACAACGACGACUACUACAACUGUAUCUACGGAAGAUUGGGAGAGAAGAGACAGUAAUUGUUACUUCCCAGACUGUCGUAAAGAUGCGAAUUGUAGCUGCGAGAUUUGUCUUGAUAGUCUCAACGCUACGCUUGAUCUCAUGCCUCUCAGUGUUCAAAAAAGCUCUCUCACUAAGCUUUCUUCUGCAUCCAAUUUCAAAUCCACCGUUGAAUCUACUCCGACUUCGUUUGAUCCAACGGUGGUCACCACCCCUGCUUCUGUUUCUCGCCCAAUCUUGAAGUUGAUGAUCUCUUCCCCGAAGAAGAAACUGACCAAGAAAUCAAAAGUUUUCGAGAAUGAAGAACAGAGGAAAACGACGAAGAAAGAGAGAAGACUACUGAUUGUUGUUUUUCUGAAAGUGAUUUUGGUGAUUGGGUUGGUUCUGGGUUUGGAAUUAGGGUUUAGUUGGGUGCUUGAAGAGGUUUUUAAACCUGAAUUUACAGAGGAGAUUGUGAGGAACGCUUAUGAGAGAACUCAGGCUGAUCUUGAUUUGGGGGUGAAGCUGAGACUCUUGGAAGAUGAAUUUAAGGGUUUUGUUACGAGUAGAAAGUUUUCGAGAUGCACAGGUUCUGAUUCUAAAUGGAAAAUCAAUCAGGAUGGACCAAUGUUGAACUCAAAGUGUGUUCUGUACAAAUCUGCCAUUGAAGAGGUGAGUAUAUGGGGAUGGCCUUUGCAGACAUCUGGAUUGUUCCAUACCGGCUUCUCCUCGAGUUCGAUCACCGUGUUAUCAGGCCGAGUAACUGAGUGGACAGAGGGGAAAUUCGGUUACUCAAUACACGAGACCAACACUUCCUGGGGGAAAACCAAAUGGAGCACAUCGGUUCUGCAGCUAGAUCCAAACACAUGGGUUCUUGAGUACAGCCAAAGCUCGGUGAUGGAUGAUAGUUCAAGUUUGUUGUCACUAACAAUCGAUAUCAUGGAACACUUGGUGUUCCGAGUAGCAAAGAAUGUGAAUCGGGAGCGUUAUUGGAUGUUUUCAUCCUCACGACGAUUGUAUAGAGAAGCAGAGUCAAAGGCUAGCGCAAUGACACCAACUUAGAAACUUAUGAGAAAAAAAAAAUAUUCCCCUAUGUGGUUCCUUCGUAUUAAGAGCAUUGACAUCUUGUCUUGUUUUAGGUAUAGUUAUGAACAAGUACUUGUUAUUGUUACUGUCUAGUUGUAGUAGUACUCAAUGACUCAAUGUAGUAAGAACACACACACUUGGUUCUUCGAUUCGUUGUCUAGUUGUACAAGGGUAGGCACUCUCGGAUGUACUAGUUGUAAGUUCCUGUUUCAUUGUCAUUUGCUUGGUUCACUGUGAGAAGCCCAAACGCUUUCGUUUUGGUAAACCAACGGCCUUUUGUAACCCAAAAAAGAUAGGUGUAACUCAGUUCGGUUUGAUUUAAUAAAAUUUCGAGUUGGUUUUC